AUGUCGGAGGUAAAGAAAAACACAUUUAUUUCUCAACUGAAUGUAUUUAACAAAGAAAAUUAUUCUUUUAAGAAGCCAUCAAAUUCUAUAACAUCGUAUACUUCUGAUUCCGGCGAAACAUCCGAUAUUGAAGCAGGCCAACAAUUUACAACAGAAUUAGAUCAAGGUGAAAAAAGAAUUGGUUUACUAUCAUGUAUUGGUUUGAUAUGUAACCGUAUGUUGGGUACUGGUGUCUUUGCUGUCUCUUCUACCAUUUAUACCCUUUGUGGUUCUGUAGGUCUAUCUUUGAUCAUGUGGGCCGUUGGUGCUAUUAUUUCUCUUGCCGGUCUAUAUGUUUAUAUGGAAUACGGUACUGCUAUACCCAAAAAUGGUGGUGAGAAGAAUUAUUUAGAAGCUGUAUUUAGAAAACCCAAAUUUUUUGUUACUUCAAUGUACGCCGCAUAUGUAUUUUUUUUAGGUUGGGCAGCGGGUAACUCUGUCAAUACUGCUGUUAUGUUUUUAACUGCUGCAGAUGCCAACAUCACUAAAUGGAACCAAAGAGGUAUUGCUGUUGCUGUCAUCUCUUUCGCUUUCUUAGUCAACUCUAUUAACGUGAAACUUGGCAUCUAUUUGCAAAAUAUUUUAGGUAUCUUUAAGGUGGGUAUUAUCAUUUUUAUCUCGGUUACAGGUUGGGUUGCCUUAGGUGGUGGUCUUAAGGACGGUUACCAUACAGAUAAUUUUCAUGAUGCCUUCGCAGGAUCAGAAAAGGCUAGUGCAUAUGGUAUUGUUAAUGCAUUAUAUAAUGUUAUUUGGUCCUUUGUUGGUUACAGUAAUGUCAAUUAUGCCUUAGGUGAGGUUAAAGAUCCAGUAAGAACAUUGAAGAUUGCUGGCCCAACUUCAUUGAUCUUCUUAGCUAUCCUUUAUAUCUUUGUUAAUAUUGCUUAUUUUGCUGUCGUACCAAAGGAAAAAUUGAUCUCUUCUAAAUUAGUUUUAGCCGCAGACUUUUUCGAUAUUGCAUUUGGUGGUCAUGCAAAGAGAGCAGCAGCAGCAUUUGUUGGUUUAAGUGCUUUAGGUAAUGUUUUAGCUGUUAUUUUCUCUCAAGGUAGAAUCAUUCAACAGCUGGGCCGUGAAGGUGUUUUACCAUUCUCAAAGUUUUUUGCUACAUCUAAACCAUUUAAUUCUCCAAUGGUAGGUCUUUUCCAACAUUUCAUUAUUUGCUUGAUUACAAUUCUAGCACCACCACCAGGAGAUGCUUACAACUUCAUUAUGAAUCUAAUUUCCUAUCCAUUGAAUAUUAUUAACUUUGCCAUUUCAGUAGGUUUGUUAUGGAUUUAUUAUCAAAGAAGCCAAGGUAAGAUUGAAUGGAAUCCACCCAUCAAAGCUGGUGUUUUCAUAACAUCAUUCUUUGCUUUGACAAACUUGUAUUUAAUCGUCUGUCCCUACGUUCCACCAACAGCUGGAGAAUCUGUCUAUGAAUCGCUACCAUAUUGGAUUCAGUGUGUAGUCGCAUGGGGGGUCUUCGCUUUUGGUGGCUGUUACUACUUAGUUUGGGCGCAAAUAUUGCCAAGAGUUGGUCAUUACAAGUUGGUGACUAAGGAUGUGUUGGGUGAAGAUGGAUUCUGGAGAGUUAAAAUCAUUAAAGUGUAUGAUGAUGAGUCUAAAAAUGACCAAGAUGUUCUAGAUUAUAUUAAUAACAACCCUAAUAUUGAUUCUUCUGAUACAAAUACACUAAGCAAGGGUGAACAGAUUGAAUACAUAGUUAGUGGUAAAGAAUCAAAUAAAGAAGAACAUGAAAACAGCUCUUUCCAUGAAAGACAAAAAUACUAA